AUCCCGCACGUAAACACACAAGUUCAGUGGACGAUUUUUCGGUUUGGGAUUUUUAACUGGAGUUCAGUCAAGAGGUGCAUCAUAUUUCUACGUAGUGUCAAAACAAUGUGUGUAAAGAGUAUGUUAUAAUAUUAUACAAAGGAGUCUAUGACACCUAGUCAAUGGUAAAACUGUGGAAUUUGGUGACAUUUUGUUCAUCGGCAGUGAUUUACUCUGCAGUUUAAAGAUGUUGGUUUUUUCCACGACAUCUGUAGUGCUUUUUCAACUUCUGGUUGGUCAAAUUUUCGCAAAUUUUGAUUGCGAACCUACGAAUUUUCUUUCUCGUACAUGUAAUACAGAAAUGAAGUGCAUCUACGAUGAAGUUUUUGAAGGCUCAAUCAUGUCUUGCAGAUGCAAGGUGGUCAUCACCGCCGUUUCUUUGCCUUCCAAUUCGUUGAAUUAUGAUCUCUUUGGCAAAAUUUGUUCACGACACAGGGGUAGGGUAGAACAACUACAAAUAAAUGACGCUGAACUAGAAUCGAUCGAUGAUGAAAUCUUUCAAAACUAUCCAAAUUUGAAAUCCGUGAAUUUGGGAGGGAACCAGAUGAAGCUAAAUUUUUCAGAUAAAGCCGAAGGAAUAACGGAACUGGAUAUCAGUUUUAAUGAGAUCGUUUUAUUGAGAUCAAGCACUUUUAAUAGUUUGAGAUUUUUGAAAGUUUUGAAUAUGUCGUUCAAUCGUUUGGAAGAAAUCAACGAUCUGUUUGUAAAAUUACAUGAACUAGAGGAACUGUAUCUAAAUAAUAACCGACUGACUAUUGUCAGAUAUAGUGACUUUAAUCGUCUUCAGAAAUUGAGAAUUUUGAAUUUAGCUCACAAUAGUCUUGCCUCUUUUGACGGUCAGUUAAUCUUGCCGAGUUUGCAAGAGUUGUAUUUGAAUAAUAACAAAUUGGUAAAUCUUAGGCGAUACGAUUUUAGGAAUGUACCAAGUUUGAGAGUUUUAAGUCUUGCUGGUAAUUUAAUGAGUCUUAUUGACGAAACAAGAGGACGUGGUAAGUUUCAAGAUCCACAAACUACAGAAUCUUCAUCGAGAAGUAAUCAACAAGGAGACAAUUCAAAAUCGCCUAGUGCUGGUUUCUUCUUCUUCACGAUUCCCCAGAAUGGACAGAAUUUCAAUAAUAAUAAUCCUUUUCAGUUUACAAAUCAAAAUAACAAUUCUUAUUUUAAUUUGGGACAUAAUUUUCUGCGCUCAAAUCAACGAAAGACUCAAAACGUUAAUUCAAAUUUUAAUUUUUUCCAAAUUUUGAAUGAGAGUAUAUUGGAAAACCAAAGAGCAUUAGUCAAGAAUCAACAGAAUUUUGCUAGUUAUCUUACAGGUAAAAAUGAUGAAAGUGAUCAGUUAAUGGUUAGACCACAAAUAGCUUCAAACGAAAGUUUCGUGAAUGCUUGGACCAAAUUACAGGAUCUGAAUCUAGCAGAAAAUAAAAUCACGUUUUUCCCUGACGACUUCUUUGAUAAUUUAGUGGAAUUACGAAAAUUAAAUGUUUCUCAUAAUGAACUGACGACGUUCGAUUUGAUGAAAAUUACUAGGAGUACCAAACUGACACUUCUUGAUAUCAAACGGAACCGCUUAAAUGGGUUAAAUUUGGAAUUAUUCAAAGACAAAUGGCCUGUGCUGAAAGUGAUCGAUUUGGAUUUAAAUUUAGUUAAUUGUGAUGAAAGCCUCGAUAUAUUGGAUUACUUUAAAGGGAGUGGAAUCGUAUUAAAAGGUUGUCUUAGUACAGGGUGUUGUGGAAGAAUUUUCGGACUGGAGUAGUUACACUAGGAUUUUAUAUAUAUAUGCUUGUACGA